UUUUUUGGCCACAAUUUAUAUAUAUAUUCGUUUAUUUCUGUGCCUCUUUCGUGUAUCUGUAAAGAGAUAGUGAUAGAAACACCUGUUCAACAAUAACAAUGGGUGAAGCCGAAGCUGAAGCAGAAGCAAUUUUAAAACAAGAGGAAGGAGGAGGGAAAAGAGAGAAUCAUCCGAUGGAAAAAAGCAGAAAGGAAAAGAGGAAAGAGAUGAAGAAGAUAAAGAGGAAGCAGUUGAGAAAGGAGGCAGCGGAGAAGGAGAGGGAGGCGGAAGAGGCCAGGCUCAACGACCCCGAGGAGCAAAAGAGGAUUGCGAGAGAGGAGGAGGAGGAGCUAAAGAGGAGAGAGAUAGCAUUGAAUGAGUUCGAAGAGAGGGAGAGAUCGUGGAUCGAGGCUAUGGAGAUGAAGAGGAAAGCUCAAGAAGAUGAGGAACAAGAGGAGAAGAAAAUGAAUGAUCUAAAUGAGGAUUCCAACGGAGAACAAAGAAAACAGGAGGAGAUGGGUGAUGAUUGGGAAUAUGUGGAAGAAGGGCCAGCUGAAAUUAUCUGGCAAGGAAAUGAGAUCAUUGUCAGGAAGAAGAAAGUUAGGGUUCCAAAAGGAGAAGGGAAUCAAAAGAGUAAAGGAGAGGAUGCUGAUAGGCCUACAUCAAAUCCUCUUCCUCCACAAUCUGAGGCUUUUGCUGACUACCUGAAUGCAUCAUCAGCACAACAGGUGUUGGAGAGUGUUGCCAAAGAAGUACCUAACUUUGGAACAGAACAGGAUAAAGCUCAUUGUCCUUUUCACUUAAAGACCGGAGCAUGUCGAUUUGGUCAGCGUUGCAGUAGAGUUCAUUUUUAUCCUGAUAAAUCAUGCACACUGCUUAUCAGGAACAUGUACAAUGGUCCUGGCCUUGCAUGGGAGCAAGAUGAGGGACUUGAGUAUACAGAUGAAGAGGUUGAACGGUGUUAUGAGGAAUUUUAUGAGGAUGUGCACACAGAAUUCUUAAAAUUUGGGGAAAUUGUAAAUUUCAAGGUGUGUAAAAAUGGUUCAUUCCAUUUGAGGGGAAACGUGUACGUGCAUUAUAAGUUGUUAGAAUCAGCUGUCCUUGCUUAUGACUCGAUCAAUGGGCGAUACUUUGCUGGCAAACAGGUACAAUGUGAGUUUGUCAACAUUACCAGAUGGAAGGUUGCCAUUUGUGGGGAAUUUAUGAAGUCAAGAUUCAAGACAUGUUCUCAUGGAACCGCCUGCAAUUUUAUUCACUGUUUCCGGAACCCUGGUGGAGACUAUGAAUGGGCAGAUUUGGACAAACCACCCCCAAGAUAUUGGGUGAAAAAGAUGGCUGCUUUAUUUGGAUAUGCUGAUGAGGCUGUGUUUGAGAAACAGACAGAGCAAGAGCAUUCAGGGCAUUCAAGGACUAGCCGGAUGGUAAAAUUAGAUGAUGGCAGGCACUACUCUAGAAGAUCAAAAUCCAGGGAGAAGGUUCGUUUUAUUGAUGGUGCUCAGGAGAGCAAACACAGUCAAAGGGGCAUGAAUAAUGACAGAAAACAAAGAAAAAUUUUAGAUGGAAGAUGGGACGGACAGAACACAAGUUUAAAAUGGGAUCAAAACAGUGAGAGAAGCCAUGAUACCAGUUCUGAUGGUGGUUGUUUAGACAGUCAAAUGGGCAAGAAUAAUGACAGAAAACAAACAAAAAUUUUAGAUGAAAGAUUGGAUAGACAGAGCAAAAGUUUAAAACGGGGUCAAAAUAGUGAGAGAAUCCAUGAUACCAGUUCUGAUGGAGGUUAUUCAGAGAGCGACAUAAAUGGCACUAGAGAUACUGAUCAAGUUAGACGCCAUUGUCAUGCAAAGAAAAACUCAAAACGGCAGAAUGAAUCAUCAGAAUACUUGGCUGACCAUAAGAACAUCGAGAACAGAGUCUAUGAAGACACAGAAAAUCUCCAUGGUCAUACCAAGAAAAGGAGAAGGCAUUGUAGCAAAGUGGGAUACCCAGAUGACGAUGGAGGCAGUGAUAUCCAAACUCAUAAAGACAAUGGAGAUCAGUUGAAUAGGGACAGAGACAAUGAAAAACACUGCAGCCACGGAGGGAAAAGCUCAAGACACCAUAUCAAAGAAUCACCCCUGGAUGAUUUGGGGGCCAGCAAGAACAGAACUAAUGUUGGAGAUUCACUACUAAAGCAGUCGAGUAGAGUCAGUGACAGAGAAGGCCGUCAUCAUGAUAGACAGAAAAGCUUAGGGAACCUUGACCAAGUUUCAGGACUCCUAGAUGAUCACGGCAAAGCUUAUGGGACUAGUGAUAGUAAUUCUAGUGAUCAUGGGUCUGAGAGGGACAAAAGGAGGCAUCAUGGCCAUCGAAGGAAGCGCUCAAGACACGUAGUUGAAUGUUCAGAAUUCCCAGAUGCUUCAGGCCAUCAAGCAAAGAAAUUAAAAGGAAAACGAGACCUAAAAAGAUACAGGCACUCAACACACAGGUAUGAGACUGAUUCUUCUGAAGACUACGAGAUGAAACAUAAUGUAAAACGUAGAUCACAUGGUCACAAAAGGCAUGAUGAGAAAAAGCCAAAUAGGGAUUCCUAAAUUCUAGCACCUAGGACUACAAAGCUUCUAAUCUUAGAAUUUUCAUGAAUUGGCUAUACUGUCUGAGUGCACAACCCGGAUGUGUUGUCAAUCUGAAUGAUGCAACUUAGAACAUAUAGCAGGGGUGAAAAACUUAAACAGCGUAGUGGAAGCAAUGUAAAAAGAGCAGAGCGGUUAGCUGGACAGGGCCUUGCAGUAUGGCAUCCAAUAUGUGAAUGUUUCUGUAUUUACCCUUGUUUGUGGUAGCAUAGUUAUGCUCCUGACUACUUGGUGAGAAUGAGUAUAGUUUUUGGUCUGGCUUGCUUUACCGAAUUGGCAUAGUUUUUAUAUUCACUGGUAAAAUCCAUGAGCUUCCUUGUGAAAGGUGCAAUUUUUCUUUUUGAUAAAAU